AUGGCAUCAAUAGCCUUCUACCUGCUGGGCGAGGAUGCCUCCAGCACCACAGAGAUCGAGGUCUCCCGGACAAGCCACUUUGAGGAUGUCCAGCACCUCAUGGCCUCACAUUUCUCCAUCGUCGACCCCAAGGGAGUCGGCUUCACACAAGACGGCCACAGCCUGACGUCUGUCGCCGAAAUUGUCGCUGCCACAAGUCCCGUUGCCAUCGCCAUUGACGGCAAGCCUGUCCGCGCGGUGCCGGGCCCCAAGGGACUGCCCUACGUCGGCAACUAUUUCGAAAUCUACCCAGACCACCUGGGCAACCACCAGCGGUUGUUUGACCAGUACGGCCCGCUCUUCAAGACCAACAACAUGGGCAGCCAGAUCUUCCACACCAACGACCCGACCCUCGCCAACAUCUUCUUCUCCGAGACCGACUUCUUCACCAAGCUCAUUGUGCCGGGCCACCCCCUGCACCCCAUCAAGCUGCAGGCCGCGGGAGUCUUCCUCGGCGACACUGACACCGACGAGUGGCGUGCCGCACACAAGUUCCUCCCUCCGGCUCUGGGACCCAAGGCAGUCCGGCACUACGCGCCCACCAUGCAGCAGACUGUCGAGUCCUCCUUCGCGGUAUUUGACGAGCUCGACGCUCGUGGCGAAGCGUGGAACGUGUACGCUUACAUGCUCAAGAUGGGCUCGCAGGCAGUUGGCAAGCUGGUGCUGGGCAUGGAUUUCCAGCACUUCUCGGCGGUGGACGCUCCGCCCCACGAGAUGGUCAUCAAGAUUGCCAUGGGCCUGGAGCUCAACAAGCGCGUGUCCGCCUGGGGACCCUGGUACGCAUCGCUGCCGUUCGGCGUGCCCAAGUUGCUCCGCACGACCUCGGCCCGCAUCGAGGAGCUCCUGAUGGAGUCCAUCAAGGCCGCGUCCCAGGGCGGCAUCGAGGACCUUGAGCUGCAGGAGGCCGCACUCAAGGCGGACAACCUGGUCGACUACUGCCUGCGCGCCACCGACUCCAAGGGCAACAAGCUGCCGCCCAAGCAGUUCGCCGAGGCGCUGGUCGUCGCCACGGGCGCCGGCUUCACCACAACCUCGUCCCUGCUGUCCUGGCUCAUCUACGGCCUCGUGCAGUACCCGGGCAUGCAGGACCGGCUGGUCCAGGAGCUCGUGGACAACGGCUUCGCCGACGACACGCAGGUCACACCCGAGCUCAUCUCCAAGCUGUCCUUCAUGGAGGCCUACGUCAAAGAGACCCAGCGCAAGCACAACCCGUCCUACCAGCCCGCCCGCACCGCAAAGACCGACAUGGUCCUCCCCGGCGGCUACAAGCUGCCCGCCGGUUCCAUCGUGAUCCCCGCGCUGCACCACAUCCACAACAACGCCGCGCUGUGGGACAACCCGGCCCGCUUCGACCCGGACCGGUGGCUCGCCAAGGACGCCGCCACGGGCGAGGCCAAGCAGCCCGCGCCGCAGGGCACCUACAUGCCCUUUGCCACGGGGCCCCGGAGCUGCAUCGGCUUCAACUUUGCCCUGCAGGAGGUCAAGAUCUUCCUACCCAAGCUCGUCUGGCGGUACCGCUUCACUCUGGCGAGCCCCACGGACGGCAAGGUCGAGUAUGACCCGUACUUCCAGCUCAUCCGGCCAAACAACCUGUAUGUGAGGGCCGAGAGGCGCGGCAAGUGGCCGCCAAAGAGCGAGUAG